UAAAAUAAUAGGAUAAUUCGGCUCAUUCGGGUAAUGUACGCCAUGUGAUGAACUCACCAAAAACCGUUCCAAUAAAUAAAGAAAAGCAGCUGGUAAAGUUUUUCCAUAGUUAGACACAAGGUGUCUCACACAUAUCAUCCGCGGAUAUCCUAGGAUCGGAUCGUAUCGGAUUUCGAGUAGAACCGGGAGCCGAUCCGAUCCUAAAGCGAGCAAAUCCGAUCCGAUCCGAUCCUGUAUUUAUCCGAUCCUAUCCUACGGAUCGGUUAAUUUAGGAUACGGAUUACCAUCCCUAAGUAUUCCAUUUGACGUCAUUAGUAUUAAAUCUUAUCAACACAAUUGCAUCAUAUGUAUAUAACAUCAUCGUACGAUAUUGGAAUUCAAACUCUGGAUGAAUCUCACCUGUUAUGCUUUGAUUAUGAUUAUUCACAUACAUAAUUAAACACACCCACUUUUAUCGAUAAAACGUGUUUAAAUUAUUAUCAAGUAAAAGCAUGCUUCCCCACUCCCAAACAUAUCGAGAUAAAUAAGUUCAAUAUUUGACAACUGUUAACGAAUAUUUAUAUAAAUAAUUAAUUAAUCAAUGAAUCAAUCCAUUCAUCUGGUGCGACACGUUUCAAAGUACAAGCAACUGAACACAUUUUCUGCAGGAACGUCUUGUAAAAUUUAAGAGAAAAAUGAGGGGUCUUAUUUUCUGCUUGGUUGUCAUAUUCGCGUUUGCAUAUGGUCAGCAAGCAGGUCCAGAAGAAAACAUCUCCGCCUACUUUCAACGCCUCUUGGAAGAAUUCCGUGACCGUAUGGAAACCGGUCACCCAGAAAUUGGAAUGCCGAUAUUAGACCCACUUCCCGAUACGCCAAGAAACCAUGAUUGGGAGUAUAGGAACUUUUUUGGAUUCUUAGAAUCUAUGGGGGUGGCGUCUUCUUGGGAUGGAGAAAUUUGGGGCUUAUCCAAGUUUGAGAUCAAAAACGUUACUACAGCUAUUGAUCAGUGGGGUGUGACGCUGCAUUUCUUGUUAGAUUUUCCGGAUUAUAUGCAUUAUGGCAACUAUUCAACUUCCGGUUUCAUGCCUUAUUUGUUGGGCACUGAUCUUCCUAUUGGUGGAAAUGGAUCGUAUCUCGUCCAAGCAACCAAGGGAUUUCCGAACGGGACGGCAUACCCAUGGGGAGGGAGCAGCCAUUUGAUGGACAUGUCCCCCUGGCUCAACAUCAACGACGAUGGGACAAUGUGGCUCCAAAAUGUGCACGGCUAUGUUCGCCAUUACGAAAACAGGUCGUCCGAGGUGUGGGGGCUCACGCCAGGAAUUGACAUUCCCAUCACCGAUCGAGUUCAAACAAUUUUGGACAGUUAUGGCACAUAUUUGACCGCCAAAAUUGACCAGGCAGGAAGGAACGAUAUGUACAAGGGUCUCCUGGACUAUUUGACUUGGGCAAUUGAUGGAGUCCUCUAUCAAGACGUGGUUGAUGGGAAGUACAAUAAGUAACUCAAUCACCGACCGCAAUCUACACCGGAAUAACCGUGUUAAACUUACGUAUAAAUAUCUAUGUACAUAUAUGUCCAAGUUGAGAUUAAUUUAAGAAAAUAUUGCAUUUCUUAUAUGCAACCUGUUUACACGUCCUAAAUUAUUUAUAUCUAGUCAACUAUUUAUUUAUGCCGUUUUGGAUUAUUAUCGUAACAAGCUUUGUUGAAAAAUGAAUUUUAAAAUCAUAACUUUUGCAAGGAUUUUAUAAUCACAUUUUCUGAAAUUCGAUUGUUUUGACGGCGAAAAAGAUAUUCAGUUACUGUUAAAAGCAUAGCAUAAUAAUAUUGUUAAAUUUUUACUCAUUAAUUUAUGAUCAGUAUGAAAACGGAAUUGGCAUGUGUGGGAGUUAUCAAAUUACUCGUUGAGUAAUUUUCUCGAUACAUUUUGAAUUUAAUAGUAGUUAGGAGUUGUCAAAUGAUAUGUAGAGUUAUUAGUAUGCUGUAAUUUUAAUUAUAAAAUUAAUAAUAUGCCAUUAUAGAAUAGCAUUUUCAUGGAACAUAAGAUGCCCAUGAAAAAUGGUAUGUUCAAUAUCGAGCGGGUGAGGGAUGCGGAAAUAAGAGUGUAAGUGGGAUAGUGAGGAAAAAGGGACGCGUGGGUUCUGUUGAGAGAAGUGGGAAGUAUUUUUUAGUGGUCGGUGUGUAGAAGUUAAGGAGAGCUAAGAUUCCUCUUCCGCAAAAACUUAAUUAAAAAUAUUUGAUUAAUAAUUGUUUAGUCCAUAUAGUUGAUUUCUCGUUGAAAUAAAUUGAUUUGAGAGUAAAG